AUGUCUGCUGAAUACGAGGGUGCUAUCGGUAUUGAUUUGGGUACUACUUACUCCUGUGUUGGUGUUUGGGAAAGUGAACGUGUUGAAAUUAUUGCCAACGAACAAGGUAACCGUACUACUCCUUCUUAUGUUGCUUUCUCCGAUAACGAACGUCUUAUUGGUGAUGCUGCUAAGAAUCAAGCUGCCAUGAACCCCAAGAACACCGUUUUCGAUGCCAAGCGUCUUAUUGGUCGUCGUUUCGAUGAUCCUGAAGUCAAGGAAGAUAUGAAGAACUGGCCUUUCACUGUUAUCGAUAAGAACGAAAGCCCUUUUGUUCAAGUUGAAUUCGAGGGUGAAACCAAGACUUAUUCUCCCCAAGAAAUUUCUUCUAUGGUUCUUAUCAAGAUGAAGGAAAUUGCUGAAGCUAAGCUUGGUAAGAAGGUUUCAAAGGCCGUUGUUACUGUUCCUGCUUAUUUCAAUGACAGUCAACGUCAAGCUACUAAGGAUGCCGGUACCAUUGCUGGUCUUGAUGUUCUCCGUAUUAUUAACGAACCUACUGCUGCCGCUAUUGCUUAUGGUUUGGAUGCUAACGAUAAGACAGAACGUAAUGUUCUUAUUUUCGAUUUGGGUGGUGGUACCUUUGAUGUUUCUCUUUUGACCAUCUCUGGUGGUGUCUUCGCUGUCAAGGCCACCGCUGGUAACACUCACUUGGGUGGUGAAGAUUUCGAUAACAACCUUGUCAACCACUUUGUCCAAGAAAUCAAGCGUAAGCACAAGAAGGAUAUCACUGGUGAUGCUCGUGCUCUCCGUCGUCUUCGUUCUGCCUCUGAACGUGCUAAGCGUACUUUGUCUUCAUUGACUCAAACCACCGUUGAAGUUGACUCUCUCUUCGAUGGUGUUGACUUCCAAUCUAACAUCACUCGUGCCAAGUUUGAAGAAAUCAACUCUGCUGCCUUCCAAGGUACUGUUGAACCCGUCGAACGUGUCCUCAAGGAUGCCAAGAUUGAUAAGAAGAACGUGAACGAAAUUGUUCUCGUUGGUGGUUCUACUCGUAUCCCCAAGAUUCAAUCUCUUCUCCAAGACCUCUUUGAUGGUAAGGAAUUGAACAAGUCCAUUAACCCUGAUGAAGCUGUUGCCUAUGGUGCUGCUGUUCAAGCUGCCGUCCUUACUAACCAAGCCGGUAACGAAAAGACUCAAGACCUCCUUCUUUUGGAUGUUGUUCCUCUUUCUCUCGGUGUUGAAAUGCAAGGUGGUAUCAUGGCUGUUGUUGUUCCUCGUAACACCCCCAUUCCUUGUCAAAAGUCCAAGGUCUUCACCACUGCUGCUGAUAACCAAACUACUGUCACUUUCCCUGUCUAUGAAGGUGAACGUUUGAUGACCAAGGAAAACAACCUUCUCGGUGAAUUCUCCCUCUCUGGUCUUAUCCCUGCUCCUCGUGGUACUCCUGAACUUCUCUGUACCUUCGAUUUGGAUGCUAAUGGUAUCUUGAAGGUUACCGCUCAAGAUAAGACCACUGGUCGUAAGGCUGAUGUUACCAUCUCCAACUCUACUCGUCUCUCCGCUGCUGAAAUUGAUCGUAUGGUUGAAGAUGCUGCCAAGAAUGCUGAUGCUGAUAAGGAACGUGAAGCUGUUGUUCAAGCUAAGCAAGACCUUGAAGCCUAUGUCUAUCAAGUUGAAAACAACAUCUCUGAUCCUAAUGUCAACAUGAAGCUCCGUCGUGGUGAUCGUGAAGCUAUCGAAACCGCUCUUGCUGAAGCCAUGGAACUUAUGGAAAUCUCUGCUGAUGAAGCUAAGGCCGAUAAUCUCAAGGCUGCUCAAGCUAAGUUGAAGCGUGCUUCUACUCGUGCUUUCGCUCAUGUUUACUCCCAACGUCGUUAAUAUUUCAACUUCAUACUUAUAAAAAGAAAUAUGUUUUUUUAAAAAAAAUGUUUUUAUUUUGUUUAAUUUUUUUUUGCACUUGUUUAUAAAUAUAUAUGCACUUUACAUAAAGAAAAAUAAUACCGUAUGAAUCUACAUUAAAAGAUUCUAUCAUAAAUGAAAUCAUUACAAAAAAAAAAAAAUGGUUUGUCUGACAAUUAAUUCAUUCGUAGUCGAUUUUAAUUAAUAAAUUAUGCCGAAUU